ACCGGAAUUCUGUAAAGUGUUUUAACGAACAUCGUUUCGUUAAAAAGCGAUAGCAGAAAAAUUAACGAAUAUGGUAUUCAGUACCCACUUUUAGCGAUAAUCGACAUCGUUAAAAUCAGCUGUUUUCUUUAACGAAAAGAAAAUCGAGAACUAAACGACGGAAAAUUAUUUGGUGUUUAUUUUAACAAAGCAAAUAAAGAUAAUUAUUUACAAUGGCUUUAGAGUAUUUGGCUCUUGAUUUAUCGCAAACAAUUUUCGAUACGAGUGUUCAACCAAUAAACAGGCGUGCUUUUCGUAAUAUGGAAAACCCAUUUGAAUUAAGCGAGAAAGAUUUUAAAAAGCUCUACCGACUUACUCCGGAAUCGACCCAAGAACUAAUCCACCAACUUGAUGGAGACUUAAGAGGCUCAAGAAUAACUGCUUUGUCCACAGAGAAACAGGUUCUCGCAGCUCUUCGGUUUUUUGCAACUGGAUGCUACCAACGACCUGUAGGGGAGCAAUGGGGCAUAUCCAUGAGUCAGCCUUCAAUAAGUCGAUGCAUACAUCGUGUGACAAAUGCCAUCAACAAAAACUUAUAUUUUCCUAAUGUUAAAUUUCCAAUGACUCAUAUUGAACGCCAAGCUGCAAAAGCAACUUUUGCUGCGGCGCCCUCACCUUUUGUGGGAGGUACCAUAGGAGCAAUAGAUUGCUCUCAUGUAUCAAUAUUGGCUCCAAAAAUUCAUGAGGAAUCUUAUGUGAAUCACCACGGUUACCACUCACUAAAUGUCCAAAUGAUAUGUGAUCCAAAGUUGAAAAUUCUGAAUGUGAAUGCCAAAUUCCCGGGAGCUCGGCAUGAUUCGUAUAUUUGGAGUUCAUCGGCGGUCCGUAGAGUAAUGCAGAGAAGUUUCGAAAAUGGACAACACAACAUGUUUUUAAUUGGUGAUUCUGGGUACCCGUUAGAGCCAUGGCUAAUGACACCCCUUCCAAACCAACCAGCGGGUAGUCCCAAAUUUCGGUACAAUGAGGCUUUAUGCAAAUCACGUAACCCCGUUGAAAGACUUUUUGGAGUACUGAAAGGGAUGUGGAGAUGCUUAUCGCGUCAAAGAACCCUUUUGUAUGAGCCGGCAUUUGCAGGAAAGAUAGUAAACGGGUGCGCGGCGCUCCACAACAUAUAUCUUGCCCAUACAAGAGAAAACGUUGUGGAGGAGUUUUUGGAGUACGAAUUUUUAGAGUACGAAUUAGAUCAGCACGAUAAUAGCACUACGACAACCAAUUCAACAUCAGUGGCGAAGCGCAUCCAAGACCGCUUAAUUACAAAUUUCUUUACAUAAGUCUGUGGGCAAUUUUUUUUUUUUCAAAACAUCUACGUCUGAACGGCAAAAAAAAUGUGGAAAUUAAUCCCACCUUUUAUCUGUUGAUCUGAGCAGUAUAAAAUAUUCUGCACAUUUGCAAAGGAGAGCAUAUGAACAUAUAAGUGUACUGUUAACGAGAUAUAGGUUUUAUUUCUAUCCUGUAUACUAGAUAUGUCAGUAAAAUAAUGCCAGUACAUUUAUGCACAAAACGGUACUCCGGUUUCCUCCAAGUUUUAGUUAACUUUUCCCAUUAAAACGUAAUCAUUUCUAUUAUUCUUACAAAGUAAAGGUAGUAAUAAAAAUUGGCCAAUGUGAAACUUUUGAAAUAUCGUUUAAGAAUUGGCUAUGAUGGGCUAAAGAUAAAUACAAAAAUAAAUACAAAUGAAAUAUUUUUUUAUAUUAUUUUUAUUAUUAUAUUAUAAAAAAUAUAAAAAAAUAAACAUAAAAUAUUACAAAAUUA